AUGCCCCGACGCGCGCUGGCAGCUUACUUGCUCUACAGUAUCCCCUCAAUUUUUCUAGUGCUCUACCUUACAUUCUCUGUCUGGCGUUCAAAUCACACCCUAUAUGAUGGACCUGGUUUCACGGGGCAAAAUUUCACCAACUACGAGCCGCAUUACCAAAGUGAAGACCAACUGCCAAGCGUAAACGACAAGAACUCAUCGAUAGCACUUGUGUAUAUAGUAAAGAACCGGAAAAAUGAGGCCGACUAUCGAAUAGCUGUAAAUUCGGCUAGGUGCUAUGCAGAGGUGCAUAAUUAUGGAUUUAUUUAUGUCGACUAUAGUGCGAGUAAGGAGCUGCAACUUUUGUGCCCUCAAAAUGAUUUCUUCUUCACGCGGCACUGCCUGAUGAGAGAUUUGAUGUACAACUCUGAUUAUGAAUUCUACGUCUUCUUGGAUGCAGAUAUUGGCGUGAUCAAUCCCAGGCGGAGAAUCGAAGAAUUCUUGCCCGCAAAAUCGAGUGUAAAUAUAGUUUUCUAUAACCGAUUUUACAACGAUGAAAUAAUGGCUGGUUCUUAUAUUUUAAGAAAAUCAAAACAAGCCGCGAAUUUCCUUCAGCUUUGGGUGGAAUAUAUGGAAAAAACCAAUGCUAUUCCGCAAGGGGGUACCGAUAAUGGAGCGAUUCAAAGUGUUGCCGUCGAAUUUUUUAUGCCAGAGCUGAGUGCUUUUCAGAAAAUUUGCGAGGAGAGUUGGGUGAUCUCAAGGGAUUACAACGAUUUGUUUCGAUUCGAGGCUUGCAUGCAAUAUUUGAUCUCAUUAGUGCCUAAAGAGGAAUUGGCACGACGGGGAUUUGUGUUAUAUGAUAAAGGACAAGGCUGGUCCCGAGACGGCUGGAUUUCUGGUACAUAUUGGUGUGGCCGAGAUCUAUUCUUUCAUGGAUGGAAGAAGCAAAAACUAGGUGGCGAAUGGGUGCUCCCCUUCACUAGCGAAGCUAUAUUUGAUCGAAAAUGCUCGUUAGGUGAAUUUGACAGAUGGAGUUAUGUCUCUAAACUGAAGAUAUCUUGCCUCGCCUUGGACCUGCGACACCAUAAGUACUACCUAGAGAAACGAGCAGCAUACUACAAGGCCUUGGAAACGCUUGUUGAGCAUGAUCGAUUUCCUUUGGAAGCUUAUAAGAAAUAUGGUCUA